CGACAGCAACAACAGGUGUUAGACGCCUCAACUUUCCUUCUGUAUAGCUACCAUGUUAAUGGCGUUGGUCCCUCAAAGGAGGCUUGUUCUUCAUCGCACCGACUUCAUAUGCCGUAGCUGUAGAGCGCAAUGGGCCAGGCAACACUCUACGGCACGAAAAGGAGGCGGCGGCCUAGACGCCCUGAGAAGCAAGCUACAGCCCAAGAAUAAGUCGCUUCAUGAACUUCCCAAGACUCCAGCGAGGACGCGGUUCGCUCCGUCUCCGACGGGUUACCUUCACGUUGGCUCUCUAAGAACUGCCCUUUAUAAUUGGCUCCUUGCUCGGGCUACGGGCGGUCAGUUCCUCAUCCGUGUCGAGGAUACCGAUCAAACAAGAAUCGUUGAAGAUGCUGUGCCGCGCCUCUUGGACGACCUCAAAUGGGCCCAGCUGGACUGGGAUGAAGGUCCCGAUGCUGGCGGACCAUACGGCCCCUAUGUGCAAUCUAAACGACUGCAUCUUUACCACAAGCACGCAGAGCAACUGCUCGACAGGGGCCAUGCAUACCGAUGCUUCUGCACGGCCCAAGACCUCGAGCGUCAUAAGCAACAGAGUCUCGACGGAGGAAACCUCGUCAACUACCCUGGAACUUGUCGAACCAUCCCGCCUGACCAGGCUGCCCGCCGUGCCGCUCACGGGGAGAGCCAUGUCGUGCGGUUUCGUAGUGAAGGGCGCCCUUCCUUUACCGACCUGGUGUACGGGCAUUAUCAGAAGAACGAGGACGAGAGCGACUUCAUUCUCAUCAAGACCGAUGGUUUCCCAACCUACCACUUUGCUAAUGUAGUUGACGAUCAUCUCAUGAAGAUUACUCACGUCAUUCGUGGGGUUGAAUGGCUCAUAUCGACCCCUAAACAUGUGGCCCUCUACAAUGCCUUCAACUGGACGCCCCCAGCAUUCGCCCACGCUGGUCUUCUCUGUGGUCCCAAUGGCGAGAAGCUGAGCAAGCGGAACCGCGACAUCGACAUCGACAUGGCCGCCUACCGCGAUAAGGGCAUCUUGCCAUCCGCUCUCAAUAACUGGCUUGCUCUCCUUGGCUGGAGUCCUGACAAGAAUGCCGGAGUCAAGGGCGAUGUCUUUCCUACCAUGGCCGAUCUAGCCCAAAAGUUCUCCCUCAAAUUCACAAAGGGCAACGCGCAGACCAACCCGGAAAAGCUUCCCGUUUUUCAACGUGCCCACCUAACCCAUCUCCUCCGAGAUCCAUCCGCCCCGGAUGCCCGUCUCAAAGAACUGCUCGUCGUUCCUCUCCUGAGAAACAUCCAGAACCUGGAAGAACGCCGGCUCCAGGGCAGCAAUGCCGAUGGGGAGGGAGACCUCGAAGCCACAAUGGGUCUUUUUAGCCAGCUCGUGCCCCAGCUCUCCCCUUCCACCCCGCGUGGCUCUCAGGAAUCUCACAUCCUGGCCCUGCUCAAAACCCUCGCCUCUGAUCCAAAAGAAACCGCAAUCGACCCCGCGGCUCUUCUAACUUCACACCCUUCCCUCUUCUUCCGCCCCGACCCGGCCGCCGCAGCCUCUUCCCCGUCUGGCACCCGCUUCCGGGCUUCCCUCGAUGCGAACCCCGCAGCCGCACAGCUUGUCGCCAACCUCGAGGCUAGUCUCUGCACACUAGCUGAGGGGGGGAACGGCGGCGACCGCGACAGCGAUGCGAACUGGAACCCGGACGCGAUUCAAGCAUGCAUCAGCGCCGUGUUGCGUGAGGCGGCCCUUGAGGUGCGCACGACGGGCUAUGCAUGGCUACGUUACGUACUGUCGGGCGACCCGGACCGGCCCGCAAAGCCUGCGAAGCUUCAGCUUGCCGUCCUUGGUCCGGAGGAGGCCUUGGUCAGGCUCCGGGGGGCGGCGUCGCGGACUUCGGCGGCAGAUUGAGGUAUACGGCCAAUAUGCAAGUGGCAGGGCCAACUUUAACGAUCUAUGACCCAUUAUCCGUUGGAGAUACUCUUCCUGGUCCGGGAGAACGUUGAUAGACUGUACUAAUAUCUGUAUUAUGCUCUAUGUAAUAUAUCGGGCCAUGUAUAUUUCUACCCUCACCAUAUCUUUCAAUAAUCGGACGG